AUGGACACCCGUGUUCAGGACUACUUGGACGACAAGCUGCAAUCCGCAGCUGAUCUCGACUCGCUCGAUUCGUUGUUGGAGAAUGUCAGAGAGCAGCAGCUGCUUCUCAAGCAGCAGCUCGACGAUGCCCGCAGAGACCACGCCGAGACGAGACAUCGAGCCGAAAAGACCACGCAAUCCAUCCACCACAAAGCCACGGCUUUCCAACAGGAGCAACAGGACAUCGAUCGUCGUCUACUCAUCGUUACCCAAUCCGAGACCAGCGACGAUGCUGUGCAGAAGUUUGAGAAGAGCAUGGAGAGACUGCGGAAAUUGGACAUGGCCGCAGGAUACGUGGAGCUGUUGAAAGAGGUGGACAAUCUGAGAUCAGAAUGCGUCGCACAACUGGGCAAGUCUGACGAUCUUGCACUGGAACCGUACCGAAGAUUACAGCAACUCGUGGCCAGCCUGCGACCUCUGCAAGAAGCUGCUGAAGGCGCGGCACCCCAUCUGCUCGACCACAUCGUUUCCAGCGUUCAGCAACUCCGGCGGACGAUCCAGACAUCUUUCUCGGAGGACCUCGAGAAGACACUAAAGAAGAUGAAUUGGCCAAAGCCCAGCGCAACCGUCCCACUGGCGCUCCAGCAAGAGUGGGUUGUAAACAUUGGCCGACUAUUGGACUUGCAAAAACAUGAUCUUGAGGACCGAGAGCACAACAUUCGUCGCAGUCCCGAGAACGAGCCUCCUGUACUUCUUCCUCUUGAAGUUCUGGUUCUGCCACUCUCACAGCGCUUCACUUACCACUUCUCCGGAGACAAGCCCACGAAUCGUACUGACAAGCCGGAGUACUUCCUAACACAUACGCUCGAUCUUAUCUCCACAUACUCCGAUUUCAUCCAAAACAGCGUGCAGCCGAUCUUGUUGCGGCACUUUCGAAAGUCAGAGCUUGCCUUCACGCCGGCGUAUAUUGACGCAACCACUGCGUUCAUUACCGCGCUCGUACCAAUGCUCAAGUCCAAGAUCACCAGUUUCGCCUCACAGGUAGCCAACCAGCCGCCUUUGUUGAGCCAUCUCGUUCAGGAGGUAAUACAAUUCGACACCACCCUGCAAGAGUCUUACGACUACACACCCAGUUCGCCUUCCAUCCCCUGGCGUGGCCUGUCAUUCUAUCUCCUAGACGCCAACGGCUACUUUCAGCCCUGGCUGUCCGCCGAGAAAGACUUUGCUCUCUCCCGCUACCACGCCAUUGUCGAAUCUGCCGAAGCCGGCGAGCUCGACUUUGACGCCGUCAGCGCAGAUGCUACCAAACCAACCCGAGCCGCGAUUCGUGUCAACGACCUGCUUGAAACCAUCACCGAACGCUAUCGCAACCUCUCCAGCUUUAGUCAAAAGGUUCGAUUCCUCAUCGACAUUCAAAUCGAAAUCUUCGAUCGCUACCACCGUCGACUACAAUCCGGCCUGGAAGCCUACCUCGGCAUGACUUCCACAGUCGGACGCACGAUGCACGGCCUGACGAAAGAGCAGCUCGCCGAACUGCAAGGCGUGCGCGGCCUUGACCGUAUCUGCCGCGUCUUUGGCUCCGCUGAUUACCUCGAACGUGCCAUGCGGGACUGGAGCGACGACGUCUUCUUCCUUGAGUUAUGGGUGGAGCUGGAAUAUCGCUCGAAGAACGCCAUCGGGCAGAACAUCGGUAGCUGGCAGGAGGUGCAGCAAAAGACCAGCUCCGCGCUCGGCGUCUCGGAUACCGAUGGCACUCUACAAGGUGCCCUCUUCGAUGAGACCGCAGCCAGCUACCAACGACUUCGAGUUCGCAGCGAGUCAAUCCUCGUCGACACAAUGACCUACGAUAUCCGCCAGGCUCUCAAGUCUUAUGCGAGCAUCUCCACUUGGUCUUCGCUCACCUCCUCGCACUCUAACUCCGUCUCCCCCGAACUGGACCCGACACUCACCAUACUAGCGGACUACUUCGCCUUCCUACGUCGCGCGCUCGGCAAAGCACCCUUGCGACGGAUCGGUCGGCAAAUCUGUCAUCUCAUACAGACCUACGUCUGGGAUCAUCUGCUCCACGGCUCGAGGACGACAUUCUCCACAGCCGGCGCCACGCAGCUCACGACCGACAUGAGAGCGGUUUGUGCUGGCAUCGACAAGUACGUUGGCAAUGGGCAGGCGCGGGUUGGGAUGCGGAAACUGUUGGAAGGUAUCACGUUGCUCAGUCUACCUGUUCGCGGCGAGAUCGCUCGCAAGCAGACUGCUAAGUCGACUGACUCUAAUGGCGAUGAUGAGGCGAUGGCUCAGGGGAAGCAGAUGAGUCUGUUCCAGGCUGAGAGAUUGGUGUUCAUGGACAAUGAGGGUGCGAGAUAUGCGUUGGAGCAACUUGGACUGGAGACUUUGAGCGAAGCGGAGGCGAGGACUGUGCUGGGAAAGAGGGUGGAAGUUGGGAGUUAG